CUAAAGAGAGAGAAAAGAGUAGUGUGUGUGUGAGAGAGAAAAUAAAAGGAAACUAUUUUUUCUUCUUCUCUACCAAUCAAAAUGAGUUUCAAUGGAUUUGCAUCAGCUCCUGCAUCCAACAAAAGAAGGCUGGAAGGUAAGGUAGCCAUCAUAACCGGAGGAUCGAGUGGAAUCGGAGAAAGCGCGGUGAAGAUCUUUUGGGAAAAUGGCGCAAAAAUUGUGAUCGCUGAUAUCCAAGAUAAAGCGGGACAAGCUCUAGCUGAAAGUCUAGGCGGAGAGAAUGUUUCCUAUAUUCAUUGUGACAUAUCAAACGAAGAAGACAUCAUUAAUCUCGUUGAUUCAACCGUUGCUAAAUAUGGCCAUCUCGACAUCAUGUACAAUAAUGCUGGCGUCAUUGAUCGUCCUUUUGGAAGUAUCCUCGACACCACCAAAGCCGACCUCAAUAAGGUGCUCCAAGUGAACUUGGGUGGAUCAUUCAUGGGAGCCAAGCACGCGGCUAGAGUCAUGAUCCCUCAAAAGAAGGGUUGCAUAUUGUUCACGGCGAGCGCAUCCACAGCCAUAGCGGGUCUUUCCACCCACGCCUACACGGCUUCUAAGUAUGGAAUAGUAGGAUUGUCGAAAAAUUUGUCUGCCGAGCUUGGGCAACACGGAAUCAGGGUGAAUUGCGUGUCACCAUAUGGGGUUAUGACAAACAUGACCCCGGGAUUGUCUGAUGAGAUGAAGGCGCAUUGCGAGAUCAUGACUAGCGAGUAUGGGAACUUGAAAGGAAAGAUCCUCAAGGCCGACGAUGUGGCAAAUGCUGCCUUGUUCUUGGCUAGCGAUGAUGCCGCUUACAUAAGUGGACUCAACCUUGUGGUAGAUGGAGGAUUUAGUGUUGUCAAUCCAACUACAUGGAAGGCUUUGGGUCUUAUUCAAUGAUUUGUUUUCAUUUGCAUAAUAAAAUGAGUUAUAUACAAAUAUCUAUUUAUGCUGAAAAUUGAGGGAAUAUAACUUUGAUAUUUUCCCUUUUCUUUUGAGAUUUGACUGUAUUGGUUGAAUACUUUUGUAAUGGUGUUGGAAUAUUAUUAAUAAAAUAUAUAGUUUAUGAAUCAA